GCAGCGGCUGACCGUGCGCCUUUUGCCAAGGUGGUGAAGGGGCACCUCAAGCUGCACUUGCUGGUCCUGUCCCACAUGUAUCGGGCAGCGCAUGGAACAAAGCACGAGGCCAAGCUGCGCCAGAUCUUAGAGGGCAAGGCGCAACGCGCAGCUGCCUCGCUCCUUCCGGACAUCAUCCUGCUGAGUGGUGGGUCUGAGGACAAUGAAACCGAGGCUCUUCUCACGCAAGCGGCUUUCUCCAAUGAUUUGCUGCCUAUGUCAACGCAGACGGAAUGUUCGAUGGAUUGGAAGAUGGAACUUCAAGACCUUGUUACCUGCCUUUGGCUGCCUCUGGUCACUGCACGGUCUCCGAAGCAAAUUCAUCCUGGCAAUGGUCUGAUGCAAACUUACGCCCUCAAGCUGCCACCGUUCACUGAGAAAGUCAAGGGAUCUCUGACGAGCUCGUUCACUCGGUCCUUGGAAUUUGGGUUGGUGGCUGAGACGGACGUGUUCACGUUCGGUACUCAGAGAAGCGAUGGGACGGUUGACCUAAGCUGCAACCAGACGGACUUCAUGUUCAGGGUGCAGCAAGAGGUCAAGCUCAAAUCUUCCGGGCAGCGAUUUAAGCUCCUAGCCGGCGGCAGCAACGGCAAGGAAAUAAUUCGGGGAGCUUGCGGACACAAUCCGGACCUGCAGCAGUAUUUCACCUUCACGACGCCAGGACUCUGCACCGCUUAUGUCGGCUUGGGCAAGCUCCGUGGGCACGCGGGAACGGUUGGGGCACUUGUCGAGGCUGAAAUUGAGGCAGCGAGUGAGCAGAUGCCCAUGAAGGGCCACCUGCGUGUUCGGGUUGCAAAUAGCACUUGCCACCUGGCGCACCUGUGGAGCUGGUCAAGCACCCAGUAUGAGAAGAUUGACUUCCGGUACGCGCCGGACUAG